AUGUCAGCUCCCCAAAUUCCUAACCUCAACACCUUGCGCCGCGGCGGCGGCCGCGGUCGAUUUCGAGCUCGUGGUGGCCCUGACAGUUCCUCCAGCUCAGGAAACAAAGACCGAGUGGUGCAGGGGACAGACAAUGACGCCAGCGUCUCCCGGCUGAGCGCGGUGGAACUUGGGUACCUGGAGGAUCCAUUUGCGAGGGCAUUAACGCCUAUGGGCCAGGAAAUGAGACGGCUUCCUAUCAUCAACCGAGGAACCUAUGUGCGCACCACGGCGAUCGACCAACUUGUCGCGAGUUUUCUAGGUCUAAAGGCGGACUCAGAUCCUACUUGGAAAUUGAAGAAGAAGCAGAUUAUCUCGCUGGGUGCUGGGUCUGAUACGAGGGUCUUCCGGCUUUUGUCCUUGCGCCCGGCGCUGGACAUCAUCUACCAUGAGAUCGAUUUUGCCGUCAACAAUACCGCGAAGAUCAAAGCAAUUCAGGGCACACCGCUGCUACAGCGAGUGCUGGGACAGUCGCAGGUCAGUAUCUCGAAUGAAGGAGAUGAACUGCACUCUCCCGCCUACCAUAUCCAUGCCGUUGAUCUACGAACGCUCGCGCAGAAAGGCGAAGGCGAUAAGUCGACGGGACAGGAUCCGGGCCGUCGACUGCAGGACUUCGUGGACACGACGCUUCCUACGUUACUACUAUCCGAGUGCUGCCUGAUAUACCUUUCUCCAAACGACGCUGCCGGGGUGGUGCGUUAUUUCACGCAUACACUGUUCCCGGCGUCGCAGGAGACCGAGACACUGGCUCUGGUCCUCUACGAGCCGAUCCGGCCUGACGACGCGUUCGGGCGGACAAUGGUCGCCAACCUUGCGACUCGCGGGAUCCAGCUCCAGACGCUUCACCAGUAUGCGUCAUUGGGGGCGCAGCGGCAGCGGCUGCGCGAGCACGGCUUUAACGGGGGCCAAGCGGCCGCGGACGUGGAUUUCCUGUGGGAGCGGUGGGUGGCUGAAGAGGAGAAAGAGCGCGUGGCAGCAUUGGAGAUGCUGGACGAGGUCGAGGAGUGGAAGUUGCUGGCGCAGCAUUACUGUGUUGCAUGGGGAUGGCGAAAGGGCAGCACUCGGUUCACCGGCUGGGGAGACCUAGACGGCCAAUCCGCGGAGGAGUGA